AUGAACACAACUCUGGAUGAACUGGUUUUAUGGAGAUAUAUAGGCAAGAUACCAGAUACCUUACGAUAUCCCAGAAUGACCUCCUGUCAUCCAAAAACCAAGGCCUUUAUCACUCAUGGUGGAACCAACCAUGUCUAUGAGGCCAUCUACCAUGGAGUACCAGUAGUAGGUAUUCCUUUGUUUGCAGAUCAACCUGAUAACAUUGUUCGGAUGAAGGCCAAGGUAGCAGUUGUGAGGCUGCACUUUAGCACGUUGUCCACUGAAGAUCUUCUCAAUGCCUUGAAGACAGUCAUUAACAACCCUUCUUGAGUAUAACUUUUCCACUAUAAAGAGAAUGCAAUGAGGUUAUCAAGAAUUCACCAUGAUCAGCCAGUGAAGCCUCUGGAUCGAGCUGUCUUCUGGAUGGAGUUUGUCAUGCGCCACAAAGGAGCCAAACAUCUCCGCCCAGCUGUCCAUGAGCUCAACUGGUUCCAGUACCACGCUCUGGAUGUGAUUGGCUUCUUGCUGGCCUGUGUGGCAACUGCUAUCUUCAUCUUCAAAAGAUGUUGUCUUUCUUGUUACUGGAAUUUUACUGAAAGUGGAAAAAAGAAAAGAGACUAG